CUCUAACCGGGGUGACAAAAUGAUGCACCCCUCGAUUAUUCUGCGCUCGGGUGUCUUGCCUGUACAUUCACGAUGAAUGGCUGCCCGUAGAGAGAAAGAGUCUGACUCCUCCAUUGAAACACUUUUCAUCAGAUUGCAGUCGAGGGGACUCUGUAGUGCUGGGCUUUACGAUAUGGCUCAGAUGCUGCAGAUGGCGAUUCCCAACUUUGGCAACAAUGUCCUGGAGUGUCUUAAUGAGCAGAGGCUUCAGGGUCUGUACUGUGAUGUGUCAGUGGUGGUGAAGGGUCACACAUUUAAAGCCCACCGGGCAGUGCUGGCUGCCAGCAGCUCCUACUUUCGAGAUUUGUUCAACUCUGGAAGUAAGAGCUCUGUAGUGGAGUUACCACCAGCGGUUCAGCCUCAGAGCUUCCAGCAGAUCCUUUCCUUCUGUUACACCGGUCGACUUAGCAUGAACUUGGGUGAUCAGUUUCUCUUAAUGUACACAGCAGGAUUCCUGCAGAUUCAGCAGAUUAUGGAAAAAGGCACUGAGUUCUUCCUAAAGGUCAGCUCACCAAGUUGUGACUCACAGGGUCUUCACACAGAAGAAACGCCACCCUCAGAACCCCAGAGCCCUGUUACUCAAACUGGGAGCGGCUCCGUAGGAGGGGGUUCUGUCACCACUGCAGCGGCUCGGCCUACUUCCUGUCUCACACCUCUUCCAUUGGUGUCAAGGGUGAAGACAGAGCAGCAACCUCAGGCCCAGCAGCCCCAACAAGAAGCAUCAUCAUAUUCAGUCGUUUGCACUCCAGUUGCAAAGCGUCUUUGGGAAGGAGGUAGUCGUGAAGGAGGUGGAGGAUCAGGAGGAGGUGGAGGAGGAGGAGGUAUGAGGAAAGCAGCCCGUUAUUCACAGGAGGCAGCACGGGGCGUAGGUGGGGCACCACCUCAAAGUGCAGCUUUAUUGGGUGGAAGUGGUACCAUCAAUAGCAACAGCAACAACAAUAACAACAACAGCAGUAGCACACCGGAAGGCACCAGCCCAGGCACCCCCAGCAUGUACACCAGUGACUCACCAAUCUCUUACCACGAUGAUGAUGAAGAAGAGGAAAUCACUGAUGAAACGACAGAAGAACAGUACAGACAGAUCUGUAAUAUGUACACUAUGUACAGCAUGCUGAAUGUAGGGGCAACAGCCAGUGAACGAGUGGAAUCACUACCUGAUCACCUCACAGUUGAAUCAAGGGGAAGAGGAGUUCGAGUGAGGCAAGAUUUGGCCUCUCUUCCCACUGAACUCAUUGCACAGAUCGGAAACCGCUGUCAUCCUAAACUCUAUGAAGAAGGUGACCCUGCUGAGAAACUGGAGCUAGUAACAGGCACCAGUGUUUUUAUUUCACGUGCUCAGCUGAUGAACUGCCACGUUAGUGCCGGGACACGCCACAAAGUGUUGCUCAGGCGGCUCCUUGCUGCCUUUUUUGACCGAAGCACUCUUGCGAAUAGCUGUGGAACAGGUAUCCGGUCCUCCACAAAUGACCCCAACCGCAAGCCACUCGACAGUCGGGUUCUCCAUGCUGUUAAGUUUUACUGCCAGAACUUUGCUCCUAGUUUCAAAGAGAGCGAAAUGAACGCGAUUGCUGCAGACAUGUGCACUAAUGCACGGCGCGUGGUACGCAAGAGCUGGAUUCCGAAACUGAAGCUUCUGAUGGCAGAAAGCGAUGCUUAUGCCAACUUCCUUCCGGACCCUGCCAAAAUGGAGUCUGAUGGCUUGGGAGUGGAGCAUGCUUUUGAAACCGGAUCCCUGGAAGGUGGUACAGCCUCUGAUUCUGGCCAGUCAUCUACAGAUGCCCUGCAAGGUGUGAGCGGGGAUGGUAGCAGCCUGUUUUACCCCUGAACAGAAGAAAAUGUACACAGCGGUUUUAAAUGUUUCUGAACUGCCAAAUAUAAGGAAAUGUUAUAGCAUUUAUUCCGAACUAAAAUGAAUUGUUUCAGUUGAUUUUUACCAAUGUGAUGAUCAAAACAAUCAAUACUUAAUGUGACACUUUAUUAACAAAUGGCCAAUGUGGGGAUUUGCGAACAGCUAUCAUGAUCUAAGAAUUUGACACUUUGUGAUUUUUAUAUGACACUUUACUUGAUUAUUAAAAUCCCUUUACUCAUGUUUUUUUUUUUUUUUUUUUCUUCUUCUUCUUUGGGACAGAAUGAAUUUAAAAAUUGUAAAAUGUGUUAAAUGGAGCUGAGAAUGCUACACUCUUAUCAUUUGCUGAAGAUAUUAUUAAAUGAAGUUGUGUGGAUUUUGCAAGAGAGAGGGAGCUUUUUUCUAAAUCUGAAAAAGCACCUUUUGGUGAGUGUUCAUAGGGGUCUUCAAUGAGGGUCUGUUUUUAUUUUGUAGUGUUGACUACAAAAUAAAAAGCUAAAGAUGUUCUGCUAAAAUUGUAUUCGUCCUCCCACAUUAAAUUACAUAAAAUGAAUUAUAUUUUAUUUUUAAUACAAGAAUUAAUAGUUAUUUCUUAUUUUAAUGGCUUUGCAAUGUAAGCGUCAUAUGUAAAUACAUUAAUAUGGUAAUAUAUGCAUGGCCAGGCUUAAAGUGCAACACUCAAUUUUAUACAAUAUGUAAAAGGAGAUCCAUUCUCCAUCUCUAUAAACAGCAAGGGGUCCUUGGCUUGAAAAUUAGUUGAAGACCCCUGCCUUAGCACCUUCAGCUCCCUCUCUCUGCCUCCGAUUCAAUUGAGCAAUGGGGAGUUCAACUUUUUAUGUUUUCUAUCAAAUAAAAAAAUUCUGUUAGAUUUCUUAAAUUCUGAGUCUUAGGGCCGGUUCACACAGAACACAUUUUUGCGUUCAACUUAAAUGUUUCCUAAACAUCUAGGUGGACGUCUUUGAUGAUUGUGCCACAUCUGGCUGGUGCAAGAGGUUUGAAAAAAGAUGAUUUUUGACUUUUAAGGCAAGAUACCACAGGUGAAUAGAGUAAAAAAAAAAAAAAAAAAAAAAAAAAAAUCAUACUUUCCCAGAUGAUUAAUCAUAGUUGUUUUGUAAUGUUAUGUUUAAAUAUGUAAAUGAGGCAUUAUCUAAUUAAAUAUGCACUAAUUUGCUUAAAUUUCCAGAUCAGAAAUCUGAACAUUGGAUAAAGCCAAGUUUAAAUUUUAAUUUUUGUUGACAUAUAAGAGUAAAGGUUUUGGAUGUCUCUUUUGAUCACUUCAUAAAUCAGAAAAUACUGUCAAUUUCACCAUGUUUUUAGGAAUAAAAACUUCAAAACACAGAUGGGAAUAAAGCCGGUGUAUUUAAGUGUUACUGAAGUGUAUUAAGAUACUGUGCCUGAGGGGAAAAAAACAUUUUGAGAAAACAGCCCUUACAGAUAUGUAUUGUAAUUGAAAUCUACACACACAACUAGAUAAAGUGUAAUAAAAUAAACACUUAAAUGUGUAUUUUGGAUGUUUUCUUUUCACUAGUCCGAAAGAGGUUAUGGAAGCCCAAAACCUCAAAAUUGACCAGUUUUCCCUGUAGUUUCUUAACUUAAAAACGCGUCUCAAUGCAUUUUUAUGUGUAAGAACGUGUUCUGUGUGAAUGACUUAUGCUAUACAGUAUGUAUGUGUAUAUAAGCUCACUCAACCUCACAGUUAUGUGGAGAAAGAAGAGGCAUGUACACAGGAAAAACAAUGAAAGAUGCAAUCAAAAAGCCUCGGAUGAAGACAUACCUCUCCUAAACUGCUAUAUUGUACAUUUUAUCCUUUUAAUAAGAUGUCUAUCAACCUUUAAAUCUUGUUUCACCUUUCCAGCAUUCUCUCCCACAGUAUAAACAUGUUUCUCCACGUACAUUUACUUCACCCUUCUGUGCGCUUCUGCGCUGCCGGCAACCUCAAAGACUUUUUACAGAUUUCAAACAUAUAUUGCUCUUUGUACGUCCCUGCCCACCAGAGACCAAUACAUGUGCGCGCACACGAGCAGGUGUGUGGAUCUACCUCCUGACACCUUCAGCCAUACCUCCCUGGCCCCUGAAACAGGUCAUGUGAUGCAGGAGACCCCUGGAGGUGCUGCUGUUCAGAUUUCUCUGAACGCUGUUACAGGAACUAGAUGUAAAUGGGGGUAAUUUUUAAUAUGGAAUGUGGUAGAUUCAUACCUCACCAGGGGCCGGGAGAUCCGUCAGCAUGGCUCUGGAGAGCAUGUCUCUGGUUUGGCUGCAGGGAUCCAGCAGCUAUUUUAUUUUCCAGUAUAGAUCUAUGAAUAUAAAUAUAUAAAUACAAAUCUCUAUAUACUGUACAUUAUACAUAGAAACACUAAUGAAGUUUGAUUGUUAGUUGUGCACUCACAGCAUGAGAUGUUAUUCCCCAGAAACCGCUUUUUGGAAACAAAUGCAGUAGCGUCUGCUGAUGUCAAAAUACCCUUCACCCCACCCUGAGUACAUGCCAGUGUUUCCUCUGUGUUCCAAGUGCCAAUAACUUUGUGAAUUCCUUUACUGUGACCCAACGAAAAAGAAUAUUGCACAUUAACUACUGUAAAAAAAAAAAAAAAAAAAAAGAUGGAGAAAAGAAGAAAAAACAUCUUAAUAAAAAAGGUUUGUAACAAAGAAAA